AUGUCCAGCUAUCAGGUAACGAUACGAGCCGUUUACGUAGAAGGGAUGCCCCAACUCGACGAGGCGACAGAGGAGGAGCCUUUGGGCGUCCUGCGAACUCCGGCCCCCCUAGCGGCGGGAAACUCCCACAUGGAGGGUCGCCGGUGGGUAAACGGUCCAGUACAGUACUGUACAGGACGCUGGGAGUUCCUGCACCCCGCACCAGCAGGGAUGUUCGUCAUCGGGAAAGGGGUCCAAAGGCUAUCUCUCCCCACUCUCCUUAGUCAGGCCCACGCGCACAGUUCCACUACUACUAUAGUAGUACUACGACUCACUACGACUUACUACGACUACGACUACGACUACGUACAACGAACAACCUUCUACUACUCGUCCCGAACUAUAUUCUACCGCGUAGAAGUACUGCACUACGAAAAGAACCACAGCAAAAACAACCACCACAACCACCACAACCACAGCAAAGACGAAAACGACAACAACAAGAACACAAAAACGGCCACAAUGACGAUCAACUCCUCCUCAACGGCUUCCGAGCACAUUCCCCCGCCUGACGUGCCACUAUCAAAACCGGCCGCUACCGAAGAUAGCUCCCCGCCUCCCAAGGUCCCGGCCGCCCAGGCAUACCUCUAUGGCCUGCAGCCUUCCUGGCCCGUAGCCAAAGACCUCGCCGGGUCGGACUUGCCAUGCCGAGUCGAAGGCGAGCUCUCCGAUCUCGUCGUCUACGGCUCCGUUCCCAAAGAGAUUGACGGGACCUUCUACAGAGUCAUGUGCGAUCCCUUCGUGCCACCCGUCGAGGGCAAUGUGCCCCUCGAUGGGGACGGUACCAUCUCCGCGUUCAGGUUUCACAACGGCACGGUCGAUAUGAAGCUGCGGUACAUCGAGACGGAGCGAUACAAGCUCGAGCGGAACGCCAAAAAGGCUCUCUUUGGCCUCUACCGGAACCCCUUCACCCACCAUCCAUGUGUGCGUGCCGCGGUGGACUCGACGGCCAACACCAACCUUGUUUUUUGGGCCAAUAAAUUGCUAGGGCUGAAGGAGGGCGGUCUCCCGUACGCGUGCGACCCGCACACGCUUGAUACGCUCUCCUACGAUCCUUUCGGAGACCAGGUCAAGAGCAAGACGUUCACGGCCCAUCCCAAAAUCGACCCCUUCAACGAGGAGCUCGUCGUCUUCGGCUACGAAGCGAAGGGGCUCGCGACGACCGACAUCGUCAGCUACACGCUCGACAAGAACGGGGUCAAGACCGAAGAGCUCUGGCUCCACUCGCCGUGGGUCGCGGCCAUCCACGACUGCGUCAUCACGGAGAACUGGCUGGUGCUGGUGCUCUGGCCCUUCGAGACCAACAUGGAGCGCCUGAAGGCCAAGAAGCAGCACUGGGCGUGGAACUACAACCUCCCGGUCACCUUCAUCGUGAUCCCGCGGCGCAAGAGCACGCCGCUCCCACCGGGGUGGCAGCCGGGCGAGACGCGCUAUUACCAGUGGAAGAACUGCAUGGCGAUCCACACGGGCUGCGCGUGGGAGGACGCGGCCACGGGCAAGAUCUACCUCGAGACGUCGCGGGUGCACGACAACGCGUUCCCCUUCUUCCCGCCGGACGACGGGCGCAUGCCGUCGCCGGACUCCAAGGCCGACUACGUGCGCUGGGAGCUGGACCCGAGCGCGGCCACGGGCAGCUCGAUCCCGGACCCGCUCGUCAUCCUCGACUUCCCGUCCGAGUUCCCGCGCAUGGACGAGCGCUUCAUGACGAAGAAGAGCAACAUCUUCUUCAUCGACGCCUUCCUGCCGGACCGCUCCGACAGCGGCAAGAACAUCUACCAGGGCCUCAACUCCCUGGCCAUGCACGACCACCGCACCGGCAGCACGCGCUUCUUCUACGCCGGCGACAGCUCCAACGUGCAGGAGCCCGUCUUCGUGCCGCGCUCCGAGACGGCCGAGGAGGGCGACGGCUGGGUCAUCGCCAUGGUGCAGCGGCCGCUCGAGAGGUGCUGCGACCUGGUCGUCAUCGACACGCGCGAGUUUGAGAAGCCCGUGGCCAUCGUGCGCUGCCCGGUGCCGCUCAAGGUCCAGAUCCACGGGAACUGGGUCGACGGCAAGGACCUGGCCAAGGUCGAGGGCGCCGAGAACUUUGUGCGCCAGUUUGAGGCGGUGAAGAUUAGCGGGCGAGGAUCGCUGGAGCCGCUAUGA